AUGUGGAACUUGGCUUCCAUCAUGUUCUUGCUUUCAAGAGGCCAUUGCAUUCUCACUUUCAAGAGGCCAUUGUGUUCACGUGCUCGAGCAUCAUUGCCUGACAACGCGAAGUGCAAACAAAGACAUGUUGGAAUGGUAAAAGAUGCACCACAACAGACAUUGGGCUGUGGGGAUUAG